UUCUAUAAACUAAUAAAACUUCAAUUUCUCUGUUAUAUUAUUUUCUUGUUUUCAUUUUUCAGUAAUUGAGUUCUAUCAGAUAUACACACCCAAACACAUGGAAAAAAUAAUUAGUCUUUGUUUACAAUUCUCCCAAAAACUGAUUUUUCAUCCUUUGUUCCUCCCAUUGAUGCUGUUUGUAAUUUUGUUCUACAACAGUCUUUCUUCAAAACACGGUAAAUUUGGAAAAAACCUCCCACCUUCGCCACCAAAGUUGCCAAUCCUAGGCAACCUUCACCAGCUCGGUGUUUUACCUCAUCGUUCACUUCAAUCAUUAUCUCGACGAUAUGGCAAAGUUAUGUUGCUCUACUUCGGCAGUAAACCGGCUCUUGUCGUAUCUUCUGCUGAUGCUGCUGAAGAAGUCCUGAAGACUAAUGACUCGAUCUUCUAUAACAGGCCUAAGUUGCGCAAUGCAACUAGAAUCUUUAACAAUGGAAAGGAUGUGGCCUUUUCUCAUUCGGGAGAGUAUUGGCGGCGAAUGAGGGGUAUAUGCGUUAUGCAGCUGUUGCAUACCAAGAAAGUUCAAUCUUUCCGAGCAAUAAGAGAAGAAGAGGUUGCUGAAAUGGUUGAAAAGUUAAACAGAUCAGGUUGUUCAGAGGUAAAUUUUGCGGAAAUUGUUUUGUCAUUUACAUAUGAUGUGAUAUGCAGAACAUCCUUUGGAAGAAAAUGUAGCGAAAAUCAUGAGGGAGGCAUCAAUUUUAAGGAUCGCGUGGAUGAAGCCAUGAAGUUGCUUGGGACUGUGUUUUUGGGAGAUUUCGUACCCUGCCUUAGCUGGAUCGAUCGUGUCAAAGGUUUGGAAAGUCGAUUGGAAAAAGUCGUAGCUGAUUUGGAUGUAAUUCUUGACAAGAUCGUUAAAGAACAUCAAGUUCAUUUAAGCACCAAGAAAAAUAUUGUGGUCGAGUCAGAAAAUGAGAGAAACGACCGUAGUUUUAUGGAUAUUUUGCUUGAAGUUCAUAUGAACAACAAACAUGAUAUGUCACUUGACAGCAUCAAAGCCGUUAUACUGGAUAUGUUUUUGGCUGGGACCGACACGACUUACACGCUCAUAGAGUGGGUGGUGAUCGAACUGAUUAGAAAUCCACGAGUUAUGAAAGAGCUACAAGAAGAGGUAAUAAAAAUUGUCGGAGGUAAAGGUCGGAAGGUUUGUGAGGAUGAUCUUGAAAAAAUGAGUUACCUAAAAGCCGUGAUGAAGGAAGCACUUCGGCUACACCCUCCAGGUCCAUUGUUAGUCUUUCACGAGUCGAUUCAGGACGCCAAAAUAAAUGGUUUCGACAUAGCUGCUGGUACAUUGGUAAUCAUCAACGCGUGGGCUAUUCAGACAGACUCGAUGUAUUGGGAAGAACCCGACCUAUUCCGACCUGAAAGAUUUCUAAACAGAAGUUCAUCAGAUGAUUUCAGAGGGCAAGAUUUCAGAUAUAUUCCAUUUGGUGCAGGCAGAAGAGGUUGUCCAGGGAUAUCGUUUGGCAUGGUUUCUGCUGAACUCGUGGUCGCGACUCUCAUAAACGAGUUUGAAUUGAAACUUCCUGGUGGAAUUCAGGGUGAUGAGCUAGAUAUGACUGAAGUUGCGGGGCUUACAAUUCACAGGCGAGAUCCUCUUAUGGUCAUUGCAACUCCUCUUAAAAUUUCAUCCUAAGAUGUUAAGUUCUUGUAUGAAAGUAUGCUGAACUAAAUAUGGGUUUGAAGGUCAUUUUCAUAUCCAAUGAAUCAAUUAAGUCAUUUUUUUUUCUUUAGCAUAAAGAUCAUUAAGAAUUGUUAGUAUUGUCAAAAAAAAAAAAAAAAAAAAGAAUUGUUAGUAAUUUGUAACUUUAUCUACUCUUUCAAUAUCAAUAAUGAUUAAUGAAAUUGGGUGUUUAAUACUA